UGUUCAUCCAUGGCUCCCAAACGCAAAAGUUUGAAGCGCAAACUCGAACAUGAUUUGGUUGCACUUGGAUCAGAUCGCACCAAGUCUCCACAGCCGCUUCAAAAUUCUCCUCCUCCUUCAUCUCCUGAUUUCUCCGCUGUCAUUCUUUCACAUGUAGAUCUCCUCAAUUCCCCUUCAUCCACAUAUGUGACUGACCGUGCUGCUCUUUUUCGAUCGCUCCAUGCUCUCUCGGAUUUGGCCCAGAACGAGGAAAUGGUUGAUGAUAUGGUCAAGUGUGGUGUUGUACCCGCUGUGGUGAAGCAUUUGGAGGUGCCGAUUGACGAUGAUUGUGUUUGUGGACCGUAUGGUUAUGAGGUGGAGAAAAAGUGUGCAAUAAUUCUUGGCCUUCUUGCUAAUAAGCCAGAACAUCAACACCUGAUUGUUGAUGCUGGAGCCUUGCCGUAUAUUGUGGACUUGUUAAAGAGGCACAAAACUAGUAGCAUUAUUUCUCCUGGUCUCGUUGGUCUUCUUAGGAGACUAGCUGAUGCAAUAACUAAUCUUGCACAUGAAAAUACCACCAUAAAGAACCUUGUUAGGAUGGAAGGUGGUAUCCCUCCUCUUGUUGAACUGCUUGAAUUCAAUGAUAGAAAUGUACAGAAGGCGGCUGCUGGCGCUCUGCGAACUCUUGCCUUCAAGAAUGAUGAGAAUAAAAAUCAGAUUGUUGAAUGCAAAGCAUUACCAACUCUUGUGCUAAUGCUCCGAUCAGAGGAUCCUACUGUACAUUAUGAGGCGGUUGGUGUAAUAGGAAACCUUGUACACUCUUCGCCUAAUAUUAAGAAAGAAGUUAUUCAAGCUGGGGCAUUACAACCUGUGAUUGGAUUACUUAGUUCUAGCUGUUUGGAGAGUCAAAGAGAAGCGGCUCUUUUACUUGGUCAAUUUGCUUCAACGGAUACAGAUUGCAAGGUUCAUAUUGCCCAAAGAGGGGCAAUUCAGCCAUUAGUUGGCAUGCUUAAGUCAUCAGAUUCACAGCUUAAGGAGAUGUCAGCUUUUGCUCUUGGGAGGUUGGCGCAGGAUUCACACAAUCAAGCUGGUAUUGCUUAUCAUGGAGGUAUUGAGCCUCUAAUCGAUCUUCUUAGCUCAAAGAAUGCGUUCAUCCAGCACAAUGCAGCUUUUGCUCUAUAUGGCCUGGUGGAUAAUGAGGACAUUAUUGCAGACGUUAUUAAGGCUGGUGGUUUUCACAAACUUCAGGAUGGAAGUUUCAAAGCUCAACCAACUAGAGAGUGCGUAGCAAAAACCUUAACAAGAUUUGAGGAGAAGAUCCAGGGGCAAGUAUUGAAACACUUGUCAUAUCUUAUGCGCUUUGCGGAAAAGGGUGUUCAACGGCGUGUUGCUCUUGCUCUUGCUCAUUUAUGUCCUAUUGAUGAUUGUAGAACUAUCUUCAUUGACAACAAUGGAUUAGAAUUGCUGUUGGAGCUUCUUGGAUCUACAAACCUUAAACAGACAGGUGUUGCUUCGCUGGCACUUCACAAGUUGGCUACCAGAGCCAUUUCUGUCCCUCUUGGUGAUGUUGCACCUUCAUCGCCAACUCCCCAGGAGUUUUUAGGCAAGCACUGUGUUAACAAUCCAAAGCUCUCUGAUGUCACAUUCUUGGUUGAAGGCAAAAGAUUCUAUGCUCAUCGAGUUUGCUUAGUCAAGUCGGAUAUAUUUCGAGCAAUGUUUGAUGGUGGUUACAGGGAAAGGGAAGCCAAAGAUAUAGAGAUUCCGAACAUCAAAUGGGAUGUAUUUGUAUUGAUGAUGAGAUAUAUAUACACUGGAACAGCAGAUGUUAGUCUGGAUAUCGCUCAGGAUCUCCUCAAAGCUGCUGAUCAGUAUCUUCUUGAGGGUCUUAAGCGUCUCUGCGAAAAUACCAUUUCGCAGGAUAUUACUGCAGAAAAUGUUGCACUAAUGUACCAGAUGUCAGAUACUUUUAAUGCAACUUCACUAAAACAUGCAUGCAUAAUGUUUGUGUUGGACCAAUUUGAUAAGCUGAGUUCCAAACCAUGGUAUGGCUACCUGGUUUGCAGCAUUGUUCCAGACAUACGCAAAUUCUUCUCAACUUUACUCGGGAAGUCUAGUUCUGCUGAUUCAUGAGGAUCAAUAGGUUUUCUGGGAAUGGCAUGGACAAUUUUGAAAUGUAUAACUAAUGCUGUAUGUGUUGUGUAUAUAUCUAUAUUAUAUUUAUAGGCAGGAUUUAGGAAUAUAACUAUCAUUUUUUGUUAGCUGGCUUAAGAGGUGUGGUAUGGUAAAAAGUGUGGUACACUUCUGUGUAGUAUACUGACUCACGAAUAGAAACCAUGCUAUGCUAUUUUGACAAUUAUAUAUUAUCUUCCACA